CAUCAGUUACAAAAAGUUUGUCAAAGCCAGCAAGCCCCCGGAGCCCCCACCAGAGAUGCCCAUGCCAUUGCCACCCAAGCCAAUCCUUCAGUUUUACUUUGUGGGUUAUGGAGUUCCAGUCAUCAUCUGUGGGAUAACUGCAGCUGUUAAUCUCAACUUUUAUGCUGGUUUGGAGUA